CAAGAUCCGUCCCACCAACCACGAACCACCCAAUCUGAACCUCCGCCGCGCCCAGCAAACCCACGAUCUGCGCCUAACAACACAACCUAACGAGAAUGCGACACUAGCCCUAUCCACCGACUAAAUCUAUCGUCUGUCUGGCCUUGCUUGGGUUGGGCCUAGGAGGAAAAGUUCAGCCAUGCUGCACGACAUCAUCGACCAGAUAUUCCUGAGCCAUCACCAACAUCACCACGACGACGACCACCAUCACAACAGCAGCGCUCCUUCGAUUCCCGCCAACAUCAUGGCCGCCGCCGAUCCCAAACAGCACGAGCAGGCGACGUGUCCCGUCGACCACAAGAGCAGGGAAGCAUGGCUAGAGAAGGCAAAGGCCGCAUCGGCAGCGACAGACUCUCCCCCCGCAUCGCUCCCACCAUCGCAUCCGCCUGUGGGCACGAACGCAACCACAAACGCAGAGAGCUGUCCCGUCGAUCACAGCGCGCGCGAGGUAUGGCUGCAACAAGCCCGUGCGUCAUCCACAUCCGAGAACACGGGGAUUCCCAGACACACCACACCAUCGACAUCCUCCAUAUCCUCAUCAUGGAGUUCCUACAUCCCCCGAAUUCCAUUCUUCUCUUCCUCGACAACAACAACAACAACAACAUCAAACCAAGUUCCGCCAAGCACAAUACAAAGCCACUCCCCCCUCGGCAUAGACCGUGAAGUCUCGACCAUCCCGCGGACAUCCAUCCUCCCAGGCAAUGACACCCAUUCAAGCGGCGCCAGCGACCACCCAGCCCCACCCCUCGCGAACAACGAGCAAGAAACGGGCGCCGACCGCGCCACAGGGAACUGGAUAUACCCGUCGGAGCGCAUGUUCUUCGACGCGAUGAAGCGCAAGGGCCACGACCCGCGGGCCGCCGACAUGCGGACGGUGGUGCCGAUCCACAACGCCGUCAACGAGCGCGCGUGGGCCGAGAUCAAGGCCUGGGAGGGCCCGUGGAUACAAGGGAGCAGCUGCUCCGGCCCGCGCCUGCACUCCUUCUCCGGCCUAAGCACGCAGAUGUCCCCCAAGGCGCGCUUCAACACGCUCCUAGGCUACCAGGCGCCCUUCGACCGCCACGACUGGGUCGUCGACCGCUGCGGGAAGGAAGUCGAGUACGUGAUCGACUUCUACGCGGGCCGGAACACGGGCAACGGCGCCGACGGCAAGUUGUCGUUCUACUUGGAUGUGCGGCCGAAGCUGAACUCCUGGGAGGGCGUCAAGAUGCGGGCUUUUCGCGCCGCCGGGCUUGCGUAGAUUUUAAGUACCUACUUCAUUUCAACGAAUUUUAUACGAUCUAGGUAGUAGGGUAGGGUGAGUGAGGAAUAAGAAGAGGCGCGUGUGUUGGUGAGUGGGUUUGUAAAUACGCUGUAUAACUAAUGUAUCACUUGCAUGGAGACAUCUGGAUACCAAUGCCAUGACGAAACCAAAAAAGGGGGGAAAGGCAAGGCGUUUAGGUAUUUCAUGAAGGAAUUUGGAGAUAUUUCAUUCAUUUGCUGCAUCGUAUCGUGCAGGUGGCAUCUCUACUGUACAUACUCCACAUAGAACAGUUCUUGCG